AUGACACUUGCUACAUUUCUGAAAGUUCACCCUCUGACUUUUAGGGGAACCUCAAAUCCCACUGACGCAGAUAAUUGGAUUCAGGCUAUGGAAAGGGCGUUACAGGCACAACAGGUUCCUGAAGAGCAAUGGGUUGAAUUUGGAACUUAUCAGUUGCAAGGUGAAGCUCAGUAUUGGUGGCAGGGAACACGACGUAUCCUGCAGCCAGAUGGUGCUGCGAUUCCUUGGGAGGUUUUUCGGACAGAGUUCUAUAAGAAAUAUUUUCCUAAUUCAGCCAGAAAUGCCAAGGAACUUGAAUUAAUGCAGUUAAAGCAGGGACAGAUGACUGUUGCUGAGUAUACUAGUAAGUUUGAGGAGUUGUGUCGCUUUUCUCGUAUCUGUCAAGGUGCGCCUGAAGAUUUUGCUGAAUGGAAGUGUAUUAAAUAUGAAGGAGGUCUUCGGAGUGAUAUUCUGAGCUUCGUUGCCCCAAUGGAGAUCAGGGUGUUUUUUGAAUUGGUGAAUAAGAGUAGGGUGGCUGAGGAUUGUGUGAGGAAGGCGGCAGCAGAGAAAGGAAGUUUGAGGGUGCCUUUUCAGAGGCCUUCUGGGAGGAACUUUGCUCCGAGAGGUAGAAAUUUCAAGCGUGGAGGUUUUGUUCCGCAGCAGACUCAGGAUUAA